GCGAUGGCAACUCCAAGACCGGACGUUUUCAAGAAAUAUCUGGAGCUGGAACAACCGGGCGACCAGGUGUUCUGCACGUACGUGUUCGUCGAUGCCACGUUGGAGAAUGUGAGAUCGAAGAUGAGAGUGCUCAGCUACGAACCGCUAUCACCCGAAGAAUGUCCGAAGUCCACGUUUUGUGGCAAGGGUACUGGCCAGUGGCCAGACGCGGACGUCAACUCUGAACUGUACCUGGUGCCAGUAGCUCUGUUUAGGGAUCCCUUCCUCAAGGGCCGGAACAAGCUGGUUCUCUGUGAAGUUCUCAACUCGGACGAUCAACCGAAUGAGACGAACACACGCCGCCCUUGCAAAAUGGCGAUGGAAGCUGCGAAGGACGAAGAGCCCUGGUUCGGCAUCGAGCAGGAGUACGUGCUUCUGGAAAGAAAUGGCUUGCCGAUCGGCUGGCCCAGUCAGCGCCACGCCUUGAAAGGCACCCAGGAAUACUUCUGCGCGGUGGGCGCUGAGAACAUUGCCGGCCGGCAAGUUGCGGAUGCACACGUCAAAGCGUGUUCAUACGCCGGCGUCAAGCUUUAUGGCUCCAACGGCGAAGCCGUCAUCUCUCAGUGGGAGUAUCAGAUCGGGCCUUUGCCGGGUGUGGAGGCGGGCGACCACCUCUGGAUAUCCCGCUACAUUCUACAGCGAGUGGCCGAGGACUUCGACGUCGUAGUCAGCUUCGAGCCACGGCCGUUCAAGAGCUCCGAAGUGCCGGGUGGCGCGGGUCACAUCAACUUCAGCACCAAGUCAUCACGAGGCGAAGGAGGCCUCGAUUGGAUCAACAAGGCUAUCACCAAGCUGGAACUCAAUCACGAGCUCCACCUGGCAGCAUACGAUCCCAGAAAAGAGAAGUCCAACGAAGAGCGGCUGAAAGGCAAUCUGCUGGCUACACCCCAACGCGAGUUUUCUGCUGGCGUCGCCAGCAAGACGGUGUGCGUGCGCGUGCCCCGACAGACUCAGGUAGCUGGUCGAGGAUUUUUAGAAGACCGCCGGCCAGGCGCAAACGUGGAGCCUUACCGAGCCAUGCAAGCUCUCGUUCAAACCCUCUGUUUGGCGAAAUAACGCUUCCUCAACAUUCGCUCGCGCAUACAUACUGCUGGGCACAUACCGUAUUUACUCGAAUCCAGGCCGGCCCCGAUUCUAAGCCGACCCCCGAAAUUCGCAAGGCCAGAAAAGAAAAAAACCUAUUCAUUGUACUCGAAUCUAAGCCGACC